CAACUGAUCAUCAAACAGUAGCUAAAGGUGUUUUGGCUUUGGGUUUUUGGUUUGUCUAUGGAAAAAAUUUGAAAACCAAAGAGGAAGGGAGAGAGGUGUUUGUGGGAACUCACUUUGAAGUUGAACUUUCUCGAAGAAAUUAUCUUUUCUUCUUUUUAAAUUUUAUCUUCUUUCAUUGGAAGUUUUCUCUUUCUUGUUUUAUUUUUUCUCUUGGUGUGUGUGUGUGUGUGCAAAAUUAAUGGCUACUGAAGAGGUCAAUAAGCCUCCUUCACUUCCUUCUUACCCACAGAUGAUUGUUAAUGCCAUUGAAGCAUUGAACGACAAGAAUGGCUCAAACAAGACUUCAAUAUCCAAAUACAUUGAAUCGCAGUAUGGCGAUUUGCCUGCUGGUCAUACCACCCUCCUUUCUCACCAUCUUAAUAGAAUGAAAGAAACUGGGGAGCUCAUUUUUUGGAAAAACAAUUACAUGAAAGCAGACCCCAGUGCCCCACCAAGGCGUGGCCGUGGGAGGCCUCCGAAACCCAAGGAUCCGUUGCCGCCGGGCGUGGUUUUAAGCCCUGCAAGGCCCAGAGGCCGCCCUCCUAAGGACCCCAAUGCUCCCCCUAAGUCCCCCAAGCCUAAGGUGGCUUCUGGGACUGGGAAACCACGUGGAAGGCCAAGGAAGAUGGCGCGGCCCGCAGGCGGAAUAGGUGGGAGUUCCACAACUACAAUGGUGGCCGCGGUAAGGCCUAGGGGGCGUCCUCCUAAGGUGAAGGCUUCGGCAUUGACUGAAGUGAGUGUUGAACAUUAAGAGCAUUUUAAUGGUUUUUUUUUUUUUAAUUUUUCAUUUAACUUGUAGUGUUGCUUACUGUUUACUUUGUUUCGUCUGUAGAAGUUGCAUGGUGCUUGUUAGUUUGAUAAUUGUGUGUAUGUAAGUGUUCUUGUAGAAUUUAUCGAUGUAGUAGUUGUUGAGGCUUUGAAAUUUUUAUCUUUAUUUUUAGUUUUAAGUUUUUUGUAGAGGAUGACUAAUGCUAAUGAUGAUUUUUGUUAUUUU